CAACACCGCGUGACAGCCGGUUCGUUAAGUCCCGGCUGUCCGACACGUCUAGUGCCUUUUCUACGUCUCGGUUACAGUUUUUUUGUUUUAUUUAAACGGACGUUGUUUUUUUUACCUUUCGAUUUGUGUCAAUGGUUUAGGUUUCACCGAACCAGCAGCUGGACAUCAUCCUUCCGUAAUCUUCUAAGCGCGUUCUAAAGUUCUGUGCAGGAGACAUCCAGCCUGCGAGGAUGCGUGCCACCCUGCUCAUGGUCCUCGUGGCAGGAGCUUGUGCCUCUGCGCUGCCCUUCAGUCCAGAACCCGGGAGGAAGAACUGGGUUCUCAUCGUGGCCGGCUCCAGUUCCUGGGACAAUUACCGCCACCAGGCCGACGUCUGCCACGCCUACCAGGUCGUGCACAAGCAUGGCCUUCCAGACUCUCAGAUUGUCGUCAUGAUGUUUGACGAUCUCGCCAACAACUCCGCGAAUCCGACUCCAGGGAAGAUUAUAAACCGACCCAAUGGACCUGAUGUUUACAAGGGUGUGCCCAAGGACUACGUCGGAAAGGACGUCACGCCUGAAAACUUCCUGGCUGUGCUGCGGGGAGACCGUGACGCUGUCAACGGAAUUGGCAGUGGUAAAGUUAUCCAGAGUGGACCGGACGAUCACGUCUUCGUUUUUUUUACUGAUCACGGGGCUCCUGGCAUCCUGGGCUUCCCGGAUCAAGAAUUGCACGUGGAGGAUUUGAACAAAACAAUCCAAGAUAUGCAUGACAACAAACAGUUUGCCAAGAUGGUGUUUUACAUCGAGGCCUGCGAGUCUGGCUCGAUGAUGAUUAACCUGCCCAGCGACGUUAACGUAUACGCCACGACAGCGGCCGGCACAAACGAGCCGUCCUACGCCUGCUAUUACGAUGACGAUAGGGAGACCUACCUCGGAGACGUGUACAGCGUCAAGUGGAUGGAGGACAGCGACUCGGAAGACUUGUACAAAGAGACGAUACACAAGCAGUUCAAGAUCGUCAAGGAGGAAACGAACACGAGCCACGUGCAACAGUACGGCGACAAGACAAUCUCGCACAUGAAGCUGGUCGAGUUCCAGGGCGACCUGGAGGCGGUGCCCCCGCCGCCGCUUGUGUUGCCGCCUGCAUCCGUGAAGGACGCCGUCCCAAGCCCCGACGUGCCGCUCGCCAUCCUGGAGCACCGGCUGAACGCGGCACGCGACCCCGAAGUGGCAUCGCGCAUCUUCGCCGACAUCCAGACGCUGCUGCAGACGCGGAAGCGCAUGGAGGAGGUGGUGAGGGGCAUAGUGGGGCUGUGCGCCGCCACUCCCGAGCAGGCCCAGCAUCUGCUGGAGUUGCGCCAGGACCUGAACGAGCACGGCUGCUACCGCACGGCCGUGACCCACUUCAAGAGCCGCUGCUUCAACUGGAGCGACCAGAAGUACCAGUACGCUCUGCGCCACCUGUACGUCCUGCUCAACAUGUGCGAAGAAAAGAUUCCCAUCGGAAGAAUCGAGGAAGCCAUGGACAAGAUGUGCCUUGCACUGUGAAGGGAAAAGCUAGAAGGAAGGAAAGCUUGAGUUCGAAUUUCAGUGAAUUUUAAGAUCAAUAAUGAUUCAAGAAUAAUUAUUCUGGUUAAUCGUUGGGAUGGGUUUCAGAUUUGUAGUUUUUUUGGAUAUCAGGUUUGUGGAUUCUUUGGCCCAAUUUGGGAUUUUAUUUCCCACUUUCAAAUUUACGAAUUUAAAGGUCUUCAACCUGCCUGACUUGUUUUCGCACGCAAUUGAAUCUGUUGAAUCACUUUUAAAUACGAAUCCUGCAAAAUAUUAACAUUAAGUUCCAUCGGUAAAAUUAUGACAUUUUACGUAAACAUUUCGAUGUCACGUGAUGGCGCUUUUGGCGGAAAAUAGCGAUAAAGUGCGGUGACUUCCUGCGAUGUCCCAUUUCCAUAUCCAGUCCCUGCUUGGCUUUUAGAUUUUUUAAAGAUUGUUUAAAAAUAACUGGAAACACACCCCUACCUUAUAGUAUUUACAGUCUUAGUAUAAGAUAUACCACUACUAACAGUAGUUUAUUUUUAACUUGCACAUAUGGCGUGAAAUUGCUUAACGCUGACGGUUGUGCAAUACAUGAAAUCCUUUAAAGCGAUGUUACUGUUGCUUCUAGAUUUUCUGUUGCUUCAUAAUGUCACAAUGAGACAAGAAUGUGGAUGGAUCCUUUCAAAAAAGAUAACACUGAGGUUCACCAGCCAAAAAGGUCAAACAGAUGAAUAACUUUCAGCAUUCAUUCAAAAACAUGCUGCUAAAUUGCCAGGACAGCUCUUUCUCAUACAGUAACACACCCUGCUGAUGAGACCGAGAGAGUCGAAACCAAUCCAGGUUUUGCCUUGCUCGCACAAACGGUGCUGGGAAACACUGCCCACCAAAGCUUUUUGGUUGACAAGACUACCUAACUGUUAUUUUAUUUUUGACGAAGAAACCAACACCCCUUGUGUGUUCAUUCUGUCAUUACCCACAAUCCACAACGACAGCGUGUACUCGUGUGUGCGGUUUACGCCCGUAUGUGCAUAGGUAUUCUGAAGAAAUUGCUGCACGCUGACUAUUACUUGACAAUGUUAAAACAUGUUUUAACUUUCCUUUGAGCCAUGUCCUAUUCUGUUUUGUUAAUCUCUUGCCAUUUGGUUUACGAUUACUCAUUUUAAGUUUUGUGGUGUUACAAAUCAAAAUAAACGUUUGAACUCAA